AUGUACAAAUCAAUUCUGAUAUGCGCAUUGCUAUUAACAGCAUAUGCUGGACACGUGAGAAAAUCACACGGUGCAGUUCACUAGAAGAGAACAUUCAAUAGUGCAUUCAUGGAAUUUGUAAAUUUGGGGGACAGCGAUUACCAUCUGAAUUCAAAGGAAGCUCGUAUAAAAUUUGUAAAUUGAAUAGAACAUUGGGCUCAAAUUACUUCAGAGGAUGUGAAGCACGAGACCAAAAAACAUAAAUCCUUACUUGAAACUCAUGCUGAGUAUAUUCCAGGUGUUGUAGGAUAGGUUACUGAUUUAUCUAAUAAUGCUGGUGUUUAUUCAUACACAGUCACAGAUUCAAAUGGAAAUAUCAUUGAGUAAGACUCUGGUGAUCAUUUGGCUAAGUAAUUUUAUACUGCAUAUCUUCAAAUGACUUAAGAGAUUGAGAGAGGUCCAGCUAUGGUCAAAUUGUAGACAGACUUGGACAACAUAAUGAGAGAAGAUUAGAUGGAGUAAGAACACAAAGAGGAACAAUAAAGAUAAGCUUUGGAAGGAACAGCUUUAUCAGAAUAAGAUUAAUGAUUCAUAUUCAAAAACAUAUAUGC